GGGCGCGCACACGCGGCGCGGGGCGCACGUGGCCUGAUCGCGAUGCGGGGACCCGGAGCUGGGGGCUCCUCCUGGCACAGGACGUUUUGAGAGUCUGGGUAUGACUGGAGUGAAGGGGAGGCUCGGGUCCAGGCGGGAGCGGCGCGGGAGGCAGGGCGUCCUGGUUUCAGGGCCCUCGCCGGGCUGGGAGGGGCCGCCACGGCCCAAUGUUUGCCGGGGCCUGCGACCCAUCACCCUGACGGGCCGCGCCGCGGUCUGAAUGGUGGUGCGGCGCCCGGUGCGCCUUUUCCGCUCCGGCUCCUCGGACGGGCCGGCAACGGCCACGGCCCGGGCACCCCCUUGGCCGGGCACCCCAUGCUGGAGCUGGCGAGGAAACCAGCACCACCCAGGACCGGAUGCGCGCGGAAUUCGCCGGCCCGGAAGCGCAAUCUCCCCCACUCCCGUCGGCCGGAAGCGCGGCUCGGGAGGCGGAAGCUGCCCGUUCCGCCGCCUUGCCCCUCGGGGCCGGGGGAGGCCGGCGGCCUGACCCGCGUAGACAGUCUCCGGCGGCCUGACCCGCGUAGACAGUCUCCGUCCGGGGAGCACUGAGACCAACCGGAGCACCGAGCGCGGGAGGUAUACGGUCCCGACGCGGUGGUGGAAAAGGACUUGUAGUUUUUUUCAAUCCGAUCGGUUUGUUACCGGCUUAGGCCGUCAUGAAUUCAUUUAUUCUACAUCGUUCUUGUUGGACCAACAAAUGUGUUCGCAUGCGCCACUUUUCAGACAUUGCUGUGUGGCCGAGAGGUGUUUAUAAAACAACCCCACUAUGUGCUAUACUAUACAGCACCCCCCCCCCCCCCCCCUUAGCCUCCGUUCUGCCUAACGUAUAUCUAACGGGAAAUUCGGCACCUGUAAUUGUAAGGAGCAGCCUGGGGCUCAAGAGGCCACUGGGGGACUCGGACGUGUGUCCUGGAGGCUCUGAACAAAAACCAAGGCCCCAACUCCCAAAUGUACUUAAUGCCUUCUCUGUCCCCGCCCUUCCCCUCUGUCUGAUCUAACUUAUAGUCAUUAGUUAUGUGUACUCAAUUUUCAUUACAUAAUCUUCAUGACAGACCAUGUUUUGUAAUAGGAAUUUCUGUCCGACUGGGAUUUUUUUUUUUUUUUUAUCAUCCCAAAUGUACUUUUUUGUGAGUCUGCCUUAUACUGAAAAUAGCUAAAGCUUUUUAACCAAUAAUUUCAUGCUAUUAGUGUAACAUUCGUAUCCUCAUGUAUUAGUGUUAGGCUUCUUCCCACAAUCCUUCGAAGAGGAAGUCACACGACAGACCUAGGUUCUACUCUGAAAUUUAAGAUAAAAGUAAGUCAGGUACAUAUAUAUGCCAAUUGCACAAGAACACUGCUUUCCACAAAUGCAUUCCUUUGCUCUUUGUGAAAACAGGAAGAAGAAAAAAUGUCUCAAAAGCAGAUGAAGGAAGCUUUUGUUAGUAACCACAAUGGAACCAGCGUGCUGGAAAUUACCCAGGGCUUGUGCUUGCCUGUGCUCUGCAUCCUGUGCAGAGGGCUCCUGAUCGUUCUCUCACAGCACUUGUGGUCUUCACAUACCUGGAGAACUCGAUUCUUCAUUGACUUUGUUUUCCUAAUAGUUCCCAUGGUGACCACUUUGACCAUUUUGUCUUCCUUUGUAUACCUUGAGCACCUUACUGUAAUUAUCUUUGGGGCAGGGCUAUUCUAUCAAAUAUACUGCCGGAGAACUUGCUAUGUCAGAAUGCCUGUCCAGAAAAUACUUGAAAAAUUCUUAAAAAUUAGUCUAGAAUCAGAAUACAUUCCAGCCAUCUCCUGUUUCCGUGUAAUUAACAGUGCCUUUACUGCUGUUGCCAUUUUGGCUGUGGACUUCCCACUUUUCCCCAGAAGAUUAGCCAAAACUGAGCUCUACGGGACAGGAGCAAUGGAUUUUGGAGUAGGAGGCUUCGUGUUUGGAACUGCGAUGGUUUGUCCAGAGAUUAGGAGAAAAUGUAUGGAAGGGUCCAGAUUUGAUCAUUUUACAAAGUCAUUGUACUCUGUUUGGCCAUUAGUCUUCCUAGGAGUAGGACGAUUAAUCAUUAUAAAAUCCAUAGGCUAUCAGGAACAUUUAACUGAGUAUGGAGUUCAUUGGAACUUUUUCUUUACCUUAAUAGUUGUGAAAUUGAUAACAUCACUGCUUUUGAUGUUUUUCCCACCUAAUAAAUCCUGGAUUGUGGCCAUUGGCAUCACUGUAUUAUACCAGUUAGCCCUUGACUUGACCCCAUUGAAAAGGUUUAUUUUGUAUGGCACUGAUGGCAGUGGCACAAGGGUUGGUUUAUUAAAUGCCAACCGAGAAGGAAUAAUGUCUACCUUGGGGUAUGUGGCAAUACACAUGGCUGGUGUGCAAACAGGGUCAUAUGUGCUUAAAAAAAGAUCACAUAUCAAAGACUGGAUAAAAGUAGCGUAUUGUAUUCUACUGUUAGCUAUUAGCCUCUUUGUAUCUCUUUACAUAGUUCAGGUAAAGGUAGAAGCAGCAUCUAGAAGAAUGGCCAAUUUAGCCUUUUGUAUUUGGAUAGUUGCUUCUAGCUUGAUCCUUCUUAGUAGUUUAUUACUGGGUGAUAUAAUUUUGAGUUUUGCCAAAUUUCUAAUUCAAGGGGCUCUAGUACCAUGUUCUUGGAAACUUAUCCAGUCUCCUGCUACAAAUAAAAAGCAUUCAGAAUCUCUAGUCUCUAAAGCUGAAAGACAGAAACCCAGUCUUUGUUUAAUCACAGCUAUCAACAGAAACCAGUUGAUUUUUUUCUUGCUGUCAAAUGUAACAACUGGCCUAAUCAACCUGUUGGUAGAUACAUUGCACAGCAGUACCCUGUGGGCCUUCUUUGUGCUCAAUCUUUAUAUGUUUAUCAACUGUUUAAUUAUAUAUAUGCUACACUUGCAAGAUAAGACUAUAAAAUUUUGGUGAUCAAUCGGGGUUGGAUGUGUGUGUGAUGAGGAAUUAAUGAGAAUAGUAAAUGUGAAGAACACGGGCUUUUGGCAGUCUAGUGUUAACUAUAUUUUAUUAUAAAAUUAAGAGUUUCAGUCCUUUUCUAUAACAGUAGUGAGGCUUAAUAUUUUAAUGUAUCUCUACACUAUGUAAAACAAACGAAUGGAGAAGAAACAAGGCCUUAUGGCUUGUUAGAAUGUUAAAUUUCAGUAUUUUAAAGAAACUAUUGUAUUUAUAGUUGUGACACUGGAAGAUUGGAGGAUGGGGAGGAAGUUUUUAAUUUAUAUCACCUUAUACCAUCCGUAUUUUUUAUUGUAUGUAUUUUAUAAUCCUUACAUUAAAACAUAGUGUGAAUUGUGGAA